GUUUAUUAUGUUAAAAAUGUUCAAGCAAUUUUUAUUUAUGUUAAUUGUGAAGACAGCAUGUUGUCAGGAAAAUGUGCUUGACGUUGCAAAGAAAUUGGGAGCGAACCAGCUUGUGAAAUUACUUCAAGAUGCUGAAUUAAGUAGUGUUUUAAAGGGAAAAGGUCCAUUUACACUUUUUGCUCCUACGGACAAAGGUUUUAGUGCGCUUCCGGCUGACGUUUUAGACAAGUUGUCAAAAGACAAGACACUCCUAAAACAGGUUCUGUCCUAUCAUGCAGCAAGCGGGGUCAAACUUUCGUCAGACCUGAAAAAUGAUCAGUUACUCGAGACUCUAGACAACUCACAAAAAAUCAGAAUCAACGUAUACGACGGAAAAGUGUUUGCCACGGGAUCUCAAGUCAUCUUACCUGAUACAAAUGCUUCCAACGGUGUAGUUCAUAUGCUGAACAAAGUUAUUUACCCAGUCCCUACUGAGAAUGUGGUGGCACUAGCAUCAAAAACUCCGGAGCUGAGCACCUUAGUAUAUGCCGUCAUUCGUGGAAAACUGCAGAAAACAUUAACCGAGGGACCAUUUACUGUAUUCGCGCCAAAUAAUGCCGCGUUCCAGAAACUUCCUCCAGGAAAAUUAAGUGAUUUGCUGAGCAAUGAGACAGCUCUUGUAGAUCUCCUUACAUACCACGUGGUCUCAGGAACGUUUUACAGUUCUGGUCUAAAAGACGGAAUGGAAGUUCCCACGGUUGAGAAAUCGGAAGUCAGGAUCAGUGUUAAUGGAGAUACGGUUAAAGUGAAUGAUGCAACAGUCGUACAGGCUGACAUUAGCGUCACAAACGGUGUGAUCCACGUCAUUGAUACUGUGCUCAUGUUGCCAUCCUGAAAUACUACCAUCUUGUGAAGU